UUAAAGCACAUUCCUUUCAAGCAUUUCAUUUCAACUCCAAGUUUCUUGGCGAGUGGUUCGUUUUUAGUGAAAUUUUAACGCUAGUGGAACUUUACUUAAAAAUCUAGAAGAAUGGCAGAUCAAAAUGAAAUUAACGCAGCUCUCUCGGAAAGUGCAAACAUUGAUAGCAAUGCUCAAAUGAGUAAUAGUGAAAACGGAUCAGAUGGUGGUGCAUGUCAAAAUGGAGCUGUUAAUGGUGGUCUACAAAGCGAGGCGUCUAAUCCUCCACAAUACGGAUCAGCGGAGAAUUCAUUAAAUGGACAUGAGAAUAAUCGAAAACUAUUUGUUGGUGGUUUAACUUCUGAAACGACUGAAAAAGAACUAAGAGAACACUUCGGUCAGUACGGCGAUAUUCAAAGUAUACACGUCAAGGUAGACCCGACAACCGGAAGAUCCAAGGGAUUUGCAUUUAUUAUUUACGCUGAUCCAAAUUCAAUCGAUAAGGUGCUGCAAGUUGAGACUCAUGUUAUCAACAAUAAACAAGUUGAUGCCAAGAAAGCGAAAUCCCGACAGGGAAAAAUCUUCAUCGGCGGAUUGACUCCAGAAAUUAGUGACGAUGAAAUUAGAACUCACUUUUCCCAGUUUGGAAAUAUCAUUCAAAUCGAAUCGCCGUUUGAUAAGCAGAAGAAUCAACGAAAGGCUUUCUGUUUCGUUACAUUCGAUUCAGAUCAAGUGGCUAAUGAUCUACUGAAAACUCCAAAACAAACAAUUGCAGGCAAGGAGGUUGAUGUCAAGAAGGCUGCGUCUAAGUCAGCAAAUAUGCCAGUAAUGAAUGCAGGACCUCAUGGCGGGCGAAAAGGUGGUUUUGCAGGUAAUAAAACUGUAGGUUAUGGUCAACCCUAUGGCAAUCAAGGGUAUGGCGCUGGCCAAUACUUAAAUUAUGGUGGUUAUGGCAGUAACAAUUAUUCAGGGUAUGGAGGUUAUACUGGUUAUCAGGGAGGUAACCAAAGAGGUACCAGGCCUCAUCAACGACAUCAACCUUAUUAAGUAUAUUGGAAUUUCAAUAGAGAAGAAGUCACCAGAUAAAGAGUUGAGAGGUAUUAAUUUGUUAACUCUAAAUGGAAAAUUUAUAAUGUUAUAGAAAUAAUCAUAGUAUAGUUUUUUAUUUACCUUGUCAUGAAGUUUGUGAAUAUGUCAGAUUUUUAGAAGUUAAAUAAAUAUAGAGUUGUAACCAUUAAAAAAAAUCAUUUCCUUGUUA